GAACUGAACAAGUUAUCUUUCGUGUUUUUCAUGAAUUGCCCCAAGCCUUUUUCUUCUCUCUCUACCAUGCAAACUUCCCUUGCCAGCUACUAAUAGUAGUGUUGAUGUUCCUGAUCUUACUGCUCUUGUGUUGCAUGGCAGUUGUUUUGAGGCGAUCUCAACACUUUUUCUUGGUGGUUCGUUCUUGAUUAGACUGUACGUUGAACUUAAGAGCUAGCAGUGGAUGCAAUGGCCGGAAAAGACGAAGGUGACUGUUGGAUAGCAAAGACACCUCCUCCUACGGCUACUAGGGCUGAGACAAAUCGAACAAGGGCGAGGAGGAGGAGGCCAAAUCCACUUUCCGAAUCCGCCAGCAAUUUGCGAGAAGACGACUACUACCAUGAUUGCUACUGGCUUCGCUCAACUCCAGGGAGAAUAAUCCAGGGCUUGGAAACAAGGAAAGCUCAUCCUAAUGACAGGGUUGAGCAGUCCAGACGCAAUGUUGACUUGGAGUCUAGGACACCUUCAACUCAACCGGAAAACUCACGCAAUGAUAAUACAUGUUUGUACAAGAAGCUGAUAGAUCCUAGAAAGCACAGGCCUAGAGUGUUCAGUGAAGGAAAUAAAAAGAGGACUCCGAAACCGGCCAAGCAUGAUGGUGCACCAUCCAAGAGAAAACUAUGCAAGGAUAUGGAAAUCGCAUUUGAACCAAUUCAACAACCUGGUGCGAAAUCAUGCAAGCGAUCAUUGGAUUUUACUCUGGAGAACAUGGAAGUAGAAGAUCAGACAACACGUUUCAACGAAAAUAGGAGUGGCUAUGAUCCCAAGUAUCUUCUAGUGUAUCAGAGGAAAAAGCGAAAGUUUACUGCAUGCAGCAAUUUGCAGUCUGUCGUGAACAGAAAAUAUGGUUCACGGAAGAUGCAACCAGAAGAACUGAUUGAUGCUUCUGUCAAGAGGGCCGAAUAUCAGGAAAUAAACAAUGGAUGUGCCCAACUGAGUGUAAAUGAAAACACUCCUAUCACGAAAGAUCACUUGAAAGCAAAGCUCGAACUUGAUGGGCAGAAGAUGAGGGGGCAGAAACAACUGACGGACAAGAAUGACUGUGAAGCUUCUCAAGAAGGCGGCAUGGAUAGAGAGAGACGGUUGCAACAAGAAAGGAAACUGCUUCCACGGGUAGAAUCAUUUAUUGCCCAGAUGCAGCGAGUUCAAGGUGAUAGGCGUUAUUUACCAUGGAAGUGUUCGGUGGUAGAUUCAGUAGUUGGAGCUUUCCUGACUCAAAAUGUGAAGGACACUUCGUCAAGCUCUGCCUUCAUGUCCCUUGCUGCCAAAUAUCCCCGUAGAAUAGUGGACAAGAACAAGCCACCACGGAAAAACUUCGCUUCUUCAACUAGUAAAGCCAGGAAGGGAACCCAGGUCUCCUCCACUGUCAACCUGGAUUGUGUGGAGUGGAAUGAAGUUAGAUCUGCGACAGUUGAAGAGAUAUCUGAAGUCAUUAAAGAAAGAGGGAUGAACAAUAAAAUUGCUGAACGGAUCAAGAUGUGCCUUGAUCGUAUAGCUGACGAGAAAGGAAGCAUUGACCUGGAACGGUUAAGAAGUGCUACACCUGAAGAAGCAAAGAAAUACUUGAUGAGUAUUCAAGGUUUGGGAUUAAAAAGUGUUGAAUGCAUUCGACUUUUGACUUUGAACCAUCCGGCAUUUCCAGUUGACACGAACAUAGCUCGGAUAGUAGUUCGCCUGGGAUGGGUACCCAUUGAACCACUUCCAGAGGGAAUUCAGAUGCAUCUUUUGAAUAAGUACCCUAAGGAGAAUUCAAUUCAAAAAUAUCUAUCGCCUCUCUUGUCCACCUUCGAUCAUGGAAAAUUGUAUGAACUACAUUAUCACAUGAUUACCUUUGGAAAGGCCUUCUGUACAAAGGAAAAACCAAACUGUAAUGCAUGCCCAAUGAGAGUGGAAUGCGAAUUCGCAAGAAGCAAUGCCAAGGCGAGACAGCAAGAGAAAAGAAUAUCAUGUUCAAAAAGUCUCAUUACACCUCUGGAAAGCAAGGUUGAAUGCAAACAAACAUAUGAGGUAGAUAUUGAAGAUGUGGUGGUUGACACGUCAAAAGCUAUUGGUAAAGCACGAAAAACUGCUUCAGUUUCUGCACUUGUGAAAAUGAGGACAGAGCACGUUGUCUAUGUGCUUCCAAAUUCACACCCUCUUCUAGAAAGGCAAGACAGCGAAGGACCUCAUUGCACGUAUCCAUACCUACUUGCUAUAUGGACAACAGUUGAAGGUGCAGAUACCUCUGAAAGCAGGUCUCUCAAAGCAGAUACAGCCGAGCAAGAUAGAGGAAUGGUCUCUGGAACCCUGCUGAUACCCUGCCAGAGAGCAAUGAGCGGAAGUUUUCCACUGAAUGGAACAUACUUCCAAACUAACGAGGUUUUUGCUGAUGAUGAAUCAAGCAGAAACCCGAUUAAUGUUCCCUGGGAAUCGAUACGCGAUCUCACAAAGAAGACUUUAUACUGUGGAACCUCCGUGAGAAAUAUGUUGCGAGGUGUCUCAGCUGAGAAAAUUCAGCAAUGUUUUGGAGAAGGGUUUGUUUGCGGUAGGGGAUUCAACCAAAAAACAAGGGAACCCAAACCCUUGUCCAAUAGAUUCCACCUUCGAAACGGCAAUAACAUUGAAACAAGAAAAAGACCUAUCCACCUUCGGAAGGGGAAGACGGUCAAAACAAGACGAGGGGAGACGAAAAUGUGUCAAGACUAGGACAAGGGUCAAAUGACAGUAUGAUCACUGCUUUCUCCAUGUUGAUAGUCUCAGUCACUCUAUCUUUGUUUUGACAAUUGGAGGAGCCUUGGAGGAGAAAGCCAGUGUUGCCCCAUGGUUCUAUGAAGUUUUUGUUUUCAAGCACGGGCUUUGUCACUUUUGCAAAAUCAGUGGAAAUAGAUGCUAAAGCUUUGACUACUUUUUUUGUGCAGAAUUCAUAUGCUAAUUAGUAUCACAUUGUAUUCUGCUAUCGAAGAUUAUGGUACUUGGGAGGCAUGUUUUUUGGUGCUUUUUGAUGUAGUUUCGGGUCGUUAGUGUCUUUGUACUAGCCUUUAAUUAUGAAUGCAAUAUGUUUCUGGUUCCUCGAAAAAAAUUAUGCAAAUAUGAACUUGCUAAGUGGGAGAUAAAAUAUAUGUCAACCGUUGUUUACAAUACACAAAUAUAUGCUUCAAUGUUUACGACCUUCAACCAUGAAUCAAGCUAUUGGAUUGGCAUUAUUUGGAAGAAUUUGUCAAGAGAGGCGAGAGAAAAGAUGCA